CCCUUCUCCCUGCGCGCAGCAACACGAGGUGGACGACACGCUGCUGUCACCCGAGGAUGUGGCCACGGAGUACAUCUGCGCCGAGUUCCCCUCGCCCACCCUCGUGCUCAGAGGCGCACGCCACAUGGCGGAGGUGGAGAUCAGCAUCGAGCCCAAGGUGCGGGAGCACGUGCGGGAGAUCUUCAACAAGCGCGCCAUCGUCUCCACCAACCCCACGCCGCGCGGCCGCCAGGUGAUCGACACGUUCCACCGCUUCGCGGGCAUCGAGCGGCUGAAGGAGAAGCCAGUGGGCGAGUUCCAUGACGACCAGUGGCUGCUCAUCGCCAAGGCCGAGACUGAGGGGCUCAUUCAGGUCGAGCUGGGGCUGCCGCCCACCGUGGUGCAGGAGAACGUCAUCCAGGAGUUUGAAGCGGCCUAUCUCUCAGACGGAGUCUCCCACUUCGCAGGUCUGUGGAACGAGCAGCGCCGCACCAUCCUGCGCGCGGCCAUCGCGUCGCGCCUGCUGCCCACGAUGCACAAGGAGACGCGCCUGCUGCUCACCGGCCGCGCCAAGGCCUUCGUCUCCGAGCAGUGCGCGCUCUCCCUCUGGAAGCACGUCUCCGUGGCUCCCUUUGACGUCCGCGCCAAGGGGGCGGGAGGGGCGGAGGGGGGGGAGGGAUGGGCGGAGCCGUGGCUGCGGGUGAUGGCUUGCUGCUGGGGGCCUGGUAACCCUGCGACCACGUUUGCCAUGCUGAACGCCGCAGGCGAAAUGGUUGACUUCAUUCACACUGGGUUCCUCUGCGCUAGGACGGGGCAGCCCAAGGGGGACACGGGGAUGGGGGGGGGCGGCGGGGGUGAGAAGGGCGAGCAGCAGGUGAUGGUGAUGAAGAAGCGCGAGGACGAGAAGCGGCUCAUGAGCUUUGUGAAGGAGCACAAGCCGCACGUGGUCGUGGUGGGCGGCGCCAACCUGGCGUGUGAAAGGCUCAAGGACGAGAUCUGGGAGGUCAUCUUCAAGAUCGUGGAGCACUUCCCUCGCGACCUCACGUCUGAUGUGGACAAUGUCCGGGUGGUGUUUCAAGACGAGACAUUCGCUCUGCUGUAUGAGAAUUCCGCCAUCUCGCUGGAGCACCUGCCGUCGCAGCCAGGCAUAGUGCGGCGCACGGUGGGGCUGGGGCGCUACAUGCAGAACCGCCUGGCCCUCACCGCAUGCCUGUUUGGGCCGGCCAGGGAGAUCCUGUCAGCCAAGUUCCACCGCUCGCAGGACCUGCUGCCACCUGAUGAUGUCUAUGACGCACUGGAAAGGGUCAUGGUUACAGUUACCAACCAGGUGGGCGUGGAUGUGAACUACGCUGCCCAGGAGGCGCAGGACUGGCUGUUUUCCCCGCUGCAGUUCGUGUGCGGCCUCGGGCCCAGGAAGGCGUCCACGCUCAAGGUGCGCAUUCUGGGGGAGGGAGUGGUGCGGCGUCGCAAGGACCUCAUCGACCCGCCCUUCCUGCUGGACCAGGUUGUCUUCAUCAACGCCGCUGCCUUUAUCCGCGUGCGAGGCCAGGACGACAUGCUGGACGACUCCCGAAUCCACCCGGCCGACUACCGCCUCGCGCUCAAGGUGGCCACGGACGGGUACUGCGAGGCGCACCGCGGAAUGACGCCUGAGAGCGUGGAGGAGCGCGGCAUCGACGUCGUCGUCGAGGCUCGGGACAACCCGGACCUGAUCCGCAGGCUCGACUUCGAGGACUACGCAGUCAUGCUGGCUCGGAAGGGGCAGGGCGGGCUCAAAGAAAAGCUGCUGCUGAUCCGACGCGAGCUGAUGCACGGGUUCGCGGAGUGCCGCACGCAGUUCGAAUCUCUAAACGCGGAUGAGCAGUUCUGGCUGCUGAGCGGUGAGACGGAGGAGAGCCUGGCGAUCGGCAAGGUGGUGACGGUGUCGGUGAAGCGCGUGCUCAAGUUCAAGGUGCUGUGCGCGCUGGAGAGCGGCGUGCUGGGCGAGGUGGACCGCAGAGACUUCAGCGACGACCCCAAUGUGGAGCUCAGGGACGUGGUCACCGAGGGGCAGCCGCUGACGUGCCGGAUUAAGGAAGUCAAGAAGGAGGAGGCCAAGGUGAUUCUAACGUGCAAGGGCAGCGACUUAAGAAGCACCGAGUGGCGGGAGAUGCGGCAGUGGGACCCGUACUACCAGCGGGCGGCGGUGGAGCAGGAGGAGCAGGCUGCGCAGGAGGAGAGGAAGAAGCGCGAGGAGGACAAGAGGAAGUCGGCGUUCCGCCCGCGCAUGAUCACCUACCCGCUCUUCCAGAACGUGUCGCUGGAUGGCGCUAAGAAGGCCCUCGCAGACAAGGAGAUCGGCAGUGUGGUGAUCCGCCCCAGCAGCCGUGGCCCCACACACCUGAGUGUCACCAUGAAGCUGCCCGACGGGGCGUUCACGCAUAUCGACGUGCACGAGGGCGGCAAGGACCGCACCAGCGCCACCAGCUUCCUCCGCCUUGGGAGGACUCUGAGUAUCGCGGACGAGUCGUUUGAAGACCUGGACGAGGUGAUGGCGCGCUACAUCGAACCCCUGGCAGCCUUCAUCCGCGACAUGGCGGCGUACCGCAAGUUCCGCGCGGGCAGCAAGGCGGACAUGGACGCCCUGGUGCGCGCCGACAAGGAGCGCGAGCCGGCGCGCAUCCCGUACUACCUGUCCAUCUCGCACGACCACCCGGGCGCCUUCAUGCUCACCUACAUCCGCUCCGCCUCCGUCUCCGGCCGCCCCGUGCACGAGUACAUCACCGUUUCGCCCGUGGGGUUCCGCUUCCGCAAGCACACGUUUCCGACCCCGGAUCGCUUAGUUAAGUACUUCCAGGCCCAUUUCAACGACCCGGUGGAUGCUGGUGAUGGUGGUGGGGGUGGGGGCGGUGGCAUGGGUGGGAAAAGGGAGACUCCUCGCCGAGGGGGGGCUGCUGCUGGUGCGAGUGGUCAUGGCUCGGGAUUCUCUGGCUCGGGUCUGCCCUUGCCCCCUCCGCCCCCUGUGCCGGUAGGGGGAAGGGGUGGACGGUGGGACCAGGCUGGGUCUGGGGAGGUGGAUCAAGAACUCCACUCAGAGGAUGAAUGUGAUGUGAAAGGAAUCAUUGCGUUAGGAAGUUCUGAUUAAUUUGAAUGGUUUCAGAGGUGAAUGGUGCUUACUUGCCCCUUUUACAACCACAAUGUGCCUAUCCUGUACAAACUCGGGUUUCCACACACUUAAUGGG